AUGUGCAAACCGGUGCGGUACGUUUAUUCUACUUGCGGUCAUCCUAUCGUCCAAGACAAAUAUGUCUGGUCCGUCGAACGAUGCCCCCUUGCGCAACGCUGUAACAGGGACUGCUGGAUUUCCAACGAUACUCCCCAGCAUUUGAUUGAAGACAAACUAUGGCCUAACGACAAUAUUGAGCCUUGCCCCAUGCCUCAUGAGCCUUCUACUACACCUCAACAAUCUUUCUCUACAUCCCAUGAAAGGGGUUAUUCGACCGAGAGCGCUACUCUCCCUGCGAGCUCUACCAAUGGUGAUCAACCCUCUUACGUCGAACUCAUGUUUUCCUCUCCUACAUCUCAACUUGAAUGGUUAGACAACGAAGAAGUGGACCGUAUGAUCCAGGAGUUCUAUUUCCAAGAGGAAAUACCUGCUAUAACGAGCAGUGCGAUCCUCGACGAGGAUGUAUCCUACCUGCAUGGGGACGACUUUACUCUCUCAGACGACAUUCUUCUCCUAAACGAGGAUGAUCGCCGGCAAAUCGAAGCCAGUUUUGAAGCAGAGCUCUUAUCCGACGAACAACUCGCUUACUUUAAUGAGAUCGUUGCUCAGACGGGUGGAGAACUCUCUUUUCCUUCAGUGGAGGAUAACAUUGAAUGGGAGCAAGUGAGAGCUGUGCAAGCGCCUCUUGAGCAGUACGAUUUUGGACAGGAUAUGGAUUUGGAGUGGCGCUUCGACGAAUGGUUUUAA